GUCUGUGGUAGCGUAGUACAGUGACGACAGCGGUUGCUCAACGAGUGUUUGUCAUCCGUACGAAAUUAGAUAAAAAUUUACAACCGAAUAAUUGUUCAUUGAACACACGCGAGUGUAGUAAGUGCAAGAUUAAAUACUGUGUCAGUGACGAAUCUUCUAUUAUAAGUGAGCAAGCACAUGUGUGUAGCAGGAAAAGUUGUUUCGAAACAGUAAACGAACUUUUAACAUGAAUAACAGCACAAGGCAACCGAAAACUACGCCUAUUACAGACGAUUACGAUAUAUCGAAUACCGUACUCGGUCUAGGCAUCAAUGGAAAGGUGGUAGAAUGCAGAGAAAAACGCACAGGGGUAAAGCGGGCGUUGAAGGUUCUACACGACAAUGUGAAAGCAAGGAGAGAGGUGGAGCUACACUGGCGCGCCAGCGGGUGUAUACACAUCGUUGAGAUAAUCGACGUAUACGACAACACAUACAGCGGCAAGCGAUGCUUACUCGUCAUCAUGGAAUGUAUGGAUGGCGGCGAACUCUUCCAACGUAUACAGGAUAACAGAGACGGAGCGUUCACGGAACGACAGGCCGCUGAGAUAAUGCACUCAAUAUGCGUCGCGGUCCGCCACCUGCACGAAUCCAACAUAGCACACCGCGACAUCAAACCGGAGAACCUUCUCUACACUUCAAUGGAACCCAACGCCAUAUUGAAACUGACCGACUUUGGGUUCGCCAAGGAGACUCUCACACCGGCGGAUACGCUGCAGACACCGUGUUAUACGCCAUAUUAUGUCGCUCCUGAGGUCCUAGGCCCGGAAAAAUACGACAAAUCCUGCGACAUCUGGUCACUCGGCGUAGUGAUGUACAUCCUACUCUGCGGCUUUCCUCCCUUCUACUCCAACCACGGUCUUGCCAUAUCGCCCGGCAUGAAAAAGCGUAUCCGACUAGGUCAGUACGACUUCCCUGAACCGGAGUGGUCCAACGUGUCGUCUGAAGCCAAGAAUCUGAUCAGAGGCAUGCUCUGUGUCGACAGCGCGCAGCGUCUCACCAUAUACCAGGUGAUGUCCAGCCCCUGGAUCCGCCAAUACACUCAAGUGCCCCAAACGCCCCUAUACACGAACACAUUACUCCGCGAAACAGGGGAAGCGUGGGCCGACGUGCAAGAUGAAAUGACGCGGUCACUCGCUACAAUGCGCGUUGACUACGACCAGGUCCAGGUACAAAUCAAAGCACUGGAGCAGAGUAAUAACUCCCUACUGAACAAGAGACGGAAUAAGGUCGGCGCCUGAGACGCGGAGUACUUAGCUUCCACUAAACUUUAACCCUUUCACCGCUAGCGCCACCUGCACUAUUACACUAACCCGGGGUUAACCGGUUAAACCUGGAGUUACCAUGGUUACCGAUCCAAUUAGACUGUGGGUUAACGAGUUAACCGCUUAACCCCGGGUAAGUGGCAUGGUGCAAGUCGCCCUAAGACGUCGCGGCUAGAAUUAGACCAAGAAAAGUCCAGUUUGAUAGCCCACGAAGUGCAAGUGUUAUUUGCGCGUCAUAAUUUCAUAGAAGUUUGACGUUUAAAAUGACACUUGCACUGCGUGGGCUAUCAAACUCGCUGCAGAAUUUUCUCGGUCUGAAUCUACCCAAAAUCAACUUUGAGGUUGUGCACAAACUCGAGUUGUUUUCGGCUACUCUUUGACCCCCCCUUGGUGAUAUUUCGUGAGGUUUUUGGCUACCUCCCCCACAUAACCUCACGUGUAUUUUUUUUUGCAAAAUUUUCUAUCCGUUCUGUCAAGGCCACGCGUUCCAAAAUUUCGUAAAAUGGACUCGCCAUUGAAGAGCGGAGUGAUGAUUUAUGUUUAACGAAACCGAGUAAAAGUAUCUACCUAGUCAUGUGGUACAUAUUUUUACUUUAUAGUUUCGUUCACUGUAGAAAGAUACACGUCAGGUCUCCUUAUACCACAGCGUGAUCUGUCGUGAUUUUUUCGUGACCCCCACCGUCCAACCUCGCGUGAUUUGUGUACAAGCCCACAGCGAUGCGUCCAUAGAACUCCGUUCCUACCAACAAAGUGGGACCUAUUGCUUGGAAACGACACAUAUGUGACGUCCCACGGGUAAAGGUACCUUAUGGCGGUUGGCGCUUACGCUAUUAUUAACGCCGCUCCAAUAUUGUUGCGGCGCUAUGCGACGUAAGCGCCAGCCGCCGUAAGGUACCUUUUUCAUGGAACGUCACAUAUACAGUAUUGUACGGGUCUCUGGGUAAAUAGUAUAAAAAGUGAUCAAUGUACCUGCCGGUACUUUAUAUACACAAUUAUAAUUAGGAAAAGUUUUUGCUCCUAUUAAACAUAAAUAUAUAGAAAAAUAUGGGGGUGGCUAUACGUAACCCUUAUUACAAUGUAUUAAGCAUCACUAGGUUUAGUAAUAAGUAUAACAUUAAAAAUCACAAUACAACAUCUAGACGCAAAUACAGGGUCAUGUUUGGACCGUUGGCCAUAUUGUGCGAGGUGAUUAGGUAGGUCAUACUGAACAACUUUUUCUAUGGGACCAACCACGAAAUCUCAAAAAAAAAUUUGGCUUUCCCAUAGAAAACGUCGAUAUCCACUCGACCAAAAUGUAUGAAACGGCCGGAAAAAAUUUUGAUUUCGGAGUUGGUCCCAUAGAAAAAGUUGUUCAGUAUGGCCUACCUAAUCACCUCGCACAAUAUGGCUAACGGUCCAAAAAUGACCCUGUAUAUUUUUUAUUUAAAUAAACCCGCAUUUUUUCUCCAAAUGUUAGUACUAAUUUUUAUUGUAAAUUUGAGUAUUGCAUCAGAAAAAAUAAUAGUUUGACAUGUUGUAGACAUGCAGAAAAACAAGUAGACUUACAGAUGUAGUGCAUAAUUGUUUUCCAUCGUAUUUUCUCGGAAACGUUCGUAUUUGUCAUGCUACUUCAGUCAAUCCCAGUACUUUUUGUACCGAGACUGACUGAAAUGGCAAGACACGUUCGAAAAUACUACGGAAAAUAAAUAUACAUACUUACCGUAAGAGUAUAAAACUUUGCCCUUUAACAUAACUUUGCCCACCGCGUCACAGUUCAGCAAAAGCGAAAUAACUUUAAAGUGAUGAAAGUGUACCUGUCUGUGUUAAAGGGCAAAGUUUUAUACUUUUACGGUACAUCUGUAACUGUUUCUGGACACUAUGUACGCUGGAAACAUAUUUCUGCCUGUGACUGAUGAUGGCCUAAAACUGUUACUUAUGUUGGUUUCGCCUGUAUCAAUUCUGGGCACUAGUUUCACGCAUGUUGUUAAUUUGGAACAGAAUAUAAAAUUUAAACUUAUUUGGGUAAGUACGACUUCAAUGGUUUUUUUUUUAAAAUCAAAAGCUACCUACUCGAUAUCCUAAUUAAAAAAAACUGAAUGUUGAAAUAAACUAAGUAUUAAUUUAACUAAACUUCGUCAUUAGUUAAAUUAAUACUUAGUGAUAUGACGGUCAGUAUACAAAUAUUCAUAGUAUUUUCUUAUGUCCAAAGCAUCGUGUUUUGUAUGUCACGGAUGACCAUACACUUGCCAACUUAGCCGUCAAAAAAUGUAAGUACUAUCCAUUUUUAAUAAUUCAAUAAUGAAUUAUUCUAGUAAAAUAAUUGACAUCAAUAUUUUUAUAAAGUGGGCAAAGUUACCCACUAGUUAUGUGGGCAAAGUUGGUACAGUCAAAAUAAUGGUUGUUUGCUUGGGCAAAUAAAUUAAAAAGGUUGUAAAACGAUAUUUAAAAGAUGUGUGCAAUGUCAAUUUCUACUAUAAGGUGCUAUCGCCGAGAUUUCUAUGCUUUUUGACGUUUUAUAUUAGAUAUGUAUACAUUGUAUACUAAGUAAAGUUAGAUCAAGAAAAGACUGCAACAAUUUUGAUAGCACACUCAGUGCAAGUGUUAUUUAUUUUAAACGUCAAUUCUAUGGAAUUCAGCAUCAUCAUCUCAGCCAUAAGACGUCCACUGCUGAACAUAGGCCUCCCCCUUGGACCUCCAUACGUGCCGGAUGGGGGGUGAAUGCCAUAAUCGCCACGCUUGGCAGGCGGGUUGGCAAUCGCAGUCGAGUACACCGAAUUUGAGGGACGCUGCUGCCCGUCCACCGGUGGUUUUGGACGUAGUUUAAGGACAUACCCGGGUCUAUGGAAUAAUAACGUAUAAAUAACACUUACACUGCGUAUGCUAUCAAAAUCGGUGCACUUUUCUUGGUCUAAGUCUAGUAAAUGUUUUACAAAUUAUUCGUAAAGCUUGAAUACCUAUUUUAUUAAAAUGGUAUAAGUAUGUAUUUAUGUUACAAGAAUAAAUAGGAAAUGUAAAGAAAGACAAACUUCGCUUUGCGAAUUCGAAAUUGUUCAAAAAACUAUCUUUACAAAAUACGGUUGAAAAAUACUCGCGUCUUGAGUUAGAGAAAGAAAAGUCUGCAACGAUUUUGAUAGCAUACGCAGUGUAAGUGUUAUUUAUACGUCACAAUUUCGUAGAAUUGACGUUUAAAAUAACACGUGCACUGCGUGUGCUAUAAAAAUCGUUGCAGACUUAUGUUGGUCUAACUAUAUGUUUGCUAUUCACUCCAGUCUAUAAUAAGUACCCAACGAAAAAUAAUCCUAUAAUUAUACAUAAUAGACACCAAUAGAAAACGAUACGAUUAAUACGUAUAUUAUAUUUUUACAACUAUACAAAUGCUGCUUCUAUGCGAAUUGUCAAAAUGUUGCUUUUUAGGGUUAAAAAUUGUGUUAUUUUUAUGUUUGCCGUCCAAACGAGAGAGUAGGGAAUUAUUUACCUAAAAUUGGAAAAUGGUGCAUAAUUUUUAUAUAGUUUACUAAGCAGGGCCUUAAACUAUGCCAAGGCCCUUGGUCACAUAAGUAUUUGGGGCCCUUUUUGGAAAGUAAAAAAAAAAAUUGAACUUACAUUUUUCUACUAUGAUCUUCUAUUUAUUAUGGGUAAUCAAAUAUCGUCGGGUGACAAGCAAAAGUCAUUAAAUACUAUCAAAAAAAUAAAGUAACAAUGCGCUUUAUUACACUUGUAACACGGUUUAUUGUCCAAUAAUUUAAAUGGUGUUAGUUAGUGACUUUUGCUUGUCACCCGACGAUAUACCGUUACUGUUUGUCCUUCGGGGCCCCCUGAGGAGGGGGGCCCUGGUAUGGUAGACGGUACAGUUACUAAGGACGAAAUGACAUGAAAUUGAAGUAUUGUAAAAUUUUCGAUUAUUUUUAUAGACUACAAUAAGAUAUUUACUACAUAUUAAAAAAUCUAGGGGACAAAAUAAUGUGCUUGAAAGGGGAAAAUUAGUAUUUUUUAGACAAUAAUUCCUCUCGUAUAAAAAAAAUAAUUAGGAAAAACUGGCUUUGUCUCAUUAAGUAAUUAGCAUAAUUUGUAAAAGUCACAAACAUAACAGCUGUAUAUAUGACAUCACAUUGCCAUUAUGUAUGUAGUUUAUAAGUAGGUAUAGGUACGUAGUUUAUAGUAGGUAUAUGUAAUUUGCAUUUGUUUUUGCUGAAAUCCAUUUUUUUGUAUGAUGUAACUUAACUACUUAAUAAAAAAUAUCGUUUAUUUUAUGAUAUUAAAACUUCACAAAAUCAGGAAGAAUGGAAAUAUUAUUUUUUGUGUUUUUACAAAGGAUUUUGGUAAAAACUGUAACCUUAGUUAUAAGUUGUAACUGACUUAAUUAUUGUCAAUAAGAUGCGUGAUUAAUGGUUAUUAAAAUUGUACAAUAAUAA